AUGCGCAUCCACGAGAGCGGAAUUGACCGCAGCCUUGACACACCCACCCCGCCGAGCCCCACUCUCAAUCCACCACCUUGUGCACCCACUAACCACUCCCCAGCCGACAUCGACGCCACCGACCUUACCACCCCUCACUCCUCCCCUUCCUCCUCCUCUUCCUCCUUCACUGCCACAACGACGGCCGCUUCGGCGUCUGUCGCCCACGACCUCACCACAGCCACACCUGACACAACAACAGGCACAACCCCUGCAACCUCCAUAAUCAGACGCGAGGGCCAGGACUACAUCUGCCCUCACUGCGAUCGUACCUUCACUUCACGCAUCGGCCUGGUCGGUCACUUGCGAAUCCAUCGCACAGAGACUGGCGAACCAGUACCUGGAGCACCAACCUACACCCACCGCACUCGCCUCCACUGCCCACACUGCCCUCGCACCUUCAGGCAUCGCAAGGGUCUAUUCGGCCACAUGCGCAUCCACGACGACCUGCGGUAGACAACCGCCGGUCACACCACACAUUCCCUCACCCCCUACCUCCUAACACCAUCACCCCACCAGACAUCAACCCUCACACACCUCAUGCACUCAACUGCCGCCUCUCACGCAAGUGGGAAGUGUGCAUCUCGACUCGGUCCCCAUGCGGUUUCGGCUGCACGGGUGACUCGUGUCCGAGACCAUCCCGACACGUCGAGUGUCGUGGAUAGGAAGGUUGCUGAUUGAGGCCCGCUCUCGGUUCACGCAGUUCGUCACGUUGUGUGUGUGUGUGUGUGUGUGUGUGUGUUUUGUGUAGUGGCGGACUGGUGGGCUGGGGACGGGCUGCAACAGCACCUUCCACGGCACUCUCACGCAAGUGAGAGACACGCCGUUCAACCCCCGUUGUGUGAAAUCCUGGUGUUUGUGUGUAUGGGGGGCCAGGUCGUGCUGUGGCGCGCGCAGGCAUGGUCAGUCGACCAUGUCAGCCACCGCGCCCAUUCCUUACUCCAGUCUACUGACCGGCUCGGACAGCGGCUGGGGUGUGGGAAUGGGAAGGGAGAGUGAGGUCGACGACUCAGCGCACUUUCUCAUCACUAUAAACUAUCUGACGCGCUUGAAGCUAUCACGGUGCGCUAAAAGCCGUGGCUUGGAAGGUUGCCAACUGACGGGGUAACUUGGACCUCCUCCUUGACCGGAGGCGGUCUGAGAGUCAGGCUGCAAUGGCUCCUUUUUAAUGUGGCCUUUAUGGCAUUCCCACCACAGCGUGGGAUCCGAGACAGGCGUUGGCAGCACGCCUAGGUGCGGCUUCGGCCGUGCCAGCCUCCAAAUCUCUGUUGUGUUGGUUGAAAUCCUGGUUAUUGUUGUGUGGACCAGGGGGUGUGGUGGAACGCCAAGGUGAGGAUCCGUCCGAGCCAUCCACCUGCGGCCUCCCUCGUCUCCGGUCUUCUUGACUCUGUCUUGACACUGGGCCCAGGCGUGGGAGGAGGAGAGCGUGUAGGUAGAUGCUACGCAAGUCUACUGGCACUAUAAACCCCUGCGUAAGUCACCGUCCCUGCUCCCACCGCUGCUGCAGCUGUGGGGCAUACGGUGGACAUCGUCGAAAUCGACGGUCGAACUGUCGUAUGUGUGUGUGUGUGUGGCACAUGAAGGCGGAAUGUUUGUCUCUUUCUGCCACUGCAUCCGAAUAGAUAGGGCGCAAUCUGCCUCACCGAUAUACCACACUCCAGUGGCAAGAAGGUGGACAAUAUCUCUAGCGACAACCUAAUUAUCAUGUUGGUGUAAAUGUUUGCGUCUGGUACACGUCAGACGGGGUUUACUUUUUCCAUCAGCCUCUAGAUCUAAUCUACUAAAACACUUAUUAAGUAUCCCCUAUCGACUUGUUGGGGUCUGGUGGCUGGAAAUUUGCGGGGUGAAGGGAGUGUGGCGUUGAUCCAGCUCGCAAUCAGUGCUCAGUUUCAUAACUGAACACUUUGACUACUGAGAAAAGGAUAUCGUGGGAGGUGGAUUUGCGCUGAGUACAAGCCGCUAAACUAGAUUUUGGACGGGUCGAAAUGCAGUUUCGUCAUGUACUUACAAUCCGUCGAUGAAAGAUCUGAGGACUGUAGUUGUGCAACAGUUAUUCCUACGUCGGUGGUUUAAAUCCGAUUCAUUGGAGCUAGAUUUGGUUGAACUUUAUGCCAGACAAGUUGGCUGGUAAGUAACUGGAGGAACGUGAUUGAUGUCAAUAGGAGGAAUUGAAUUGCAAUGCGAACCCCUUUUUAAGAGGGCUUCCUAAGGCUAUUUGACAUUUGAACCCUCAUCAAGGCAGCAAAACUGUUGCCCAUUUUCCUAUAUUUCAUGUGUCCCACAAGUUCCUUGCACUCUUCUGGUCCUACAUCCCAGUCAAGUAUCACAUCUAGUAGCAGAGCCACAUGGUGUAAUCGUUCCUUAUGCUCACUCAGUACACGCACUUGCUUUGCGUCAGCCACGAACAUAGGAAAAUCUAAGCAGUCCACCAGCUAACUGAUCUGGUACAAAGUUCAACAAAAACUAGCUCCGGUGAGGCGGAUUUGAACCACCGACCUAAGGAUUACUGUUACCCAACUACAGUCCUCCGCUCUGCCAGCUGAGCUAUCACCGGAUGACUACGACAGUGGAAACAGCGGAUUACAAGGACAUCUCAGAGUGCACAAGGACUGCUUAUUUGGUCUAGUCAGCUCUGUUAGAAUUGCAGUCGAUAUCACAGGGAACACGUCAAAACGUGCAGGCGCAGUAGGGGCCCUGAUAUGCCAAAUGAAGGUCUGCUCAAAUUGUGCGCUGCCACCAAACAAUGAGAAUUCUCCAAGAAAAAGACUUACGAAAAUGCAGACUGUAUAGAAGAACGUACUGUGGAGUGCAGACAGACAACCUAACCUAUGAAUCGGUCCAAAUGCACUUUGGGAGGUCAGCACAUUCAGCCGUCAUCCGAUGAUAGCUCAGCUGGUAGAGCGGAGGACUGUAGUUGUGCAGCAGUGAUCCUUAGGUCGGUGUUUCAAAUCCGCCUCACCGGAGCUAGUUUUGGGUGGGCUUUGCAUCACUGCUGGCUAUUCUGAUGUUUGUGAUCAUUUACUAGUUGACUCUGUGAGGCUGUCAGUCAACCGGUGAUGUGAUUCUGUGCGUCAGCUGAUAAAGCCAAGUAACGCACCUACCUACACGUCCUCUAUGCGCCAGGCUGCAAUGUGGAUCUCGUAAUAGCCACUUCUUGUCUUCCUCUCAGUCCUGAUAAGGACCGAUUUGUCACGAUAAUUUUGGUUGGGCUUUGGAAGCUACGACUGGUAGUGCGUCGGAGCAGGCCUAAGUGACUCGGGUAUAUUGAAUUAGGAAGUGUGCAUUUUUGCCAUGAGGAUGGAUUAUCCCCUGCUGACUUCAUUUUGAAUUUAUUCUCUAAUGCGUCAGUGGUCUGUCCGGCAACCAAGCGGCCAACCGGUAAUGCCGUGUGGGUUCAGUGGCUGACGGGGUCGAGCAGCCUGUCUACCCGGGGAACGGUAGCGACUAUGGCGGUUAACUGAGACACACUGUGAAAACUCUUGUUAUAUUAAAGGCAGAGUAGAUACAGAUCUUUAUACCGUGUUGCUGGAUCGACUGAAAAUAUUUUCAAAAUUGUUCUGGUGCGCCCUGAAGUUUUUUUUUUACUGUGGUAUUUUCGCUGUCACUAGGUGGUGUAGGCUGAGAUAUAAAAGCGCAUUUAUAUGACAGAUAUAAGUGUGCUGACAGUUGAAGUUCGCCUCGACGAAGGCGAACUUACUCGUGCAGUAUUAAUUAUAGAAGCAAGUUGUCAUUCGAUCUUUAUUUUCUGACAGAAGUCACACAUUUUCCCCGAAGCAAGGCUUUGCAUAGCGACCACACCCCGGUGACAGUCUUGACCAAAUGUAGCUACACAAGUUAUAUUUACCUCAUUAUUAACUAAACUACAACUAAUGAAAACAGUAUAUUUGGAAGGAAAAUAUAUAGAAUGUAUAUUGGAAGUCCAAAGGCCUACCGUAAAUGUCAGCGGGAUUUAACUUACGCAGAAAUUAAAAAAAUUUUUGAACCGAAAGACGGAUCUUCUCUAACGUUCCCAUUUGAAGAAGACAUGGCUUGUUGACAAAGGAGUGCAAAAUGACUGUUUUCAUGGAUUGUGUUUUAGGUGAUAAGGAGGUAAGGAUGGGCUGUGUCACUCCACUGGGUGUAAUAUGCGCAAACUACCACCAUAUUUGUUUUAGUAGGACUUAGUUGGUCUAGUAAUGCGAGCUGCAGGGAGUCUCCCUUUGAGUCUGCGCCGUGACAUAUUUGCAUCUCGUAGAAUAUUUGCCUGUGUGUUGUCAGGUCAGUCACUUGCGAAUCCAUCGCAGAGAGACUGGCGAACCAGUGCCUGGAGCACCAACCUACACCCACCGCACCCGCCUACACUGCCCACACUGCCCUCGCACCUUCACGCAUCGCAUGGGUCUAUUCGGCCACAUGCGCAUCCACGACGACCUGCGGUAGACAACCGCCGGCUACACCACACCACAACACCAUCCCGCACUGCCUCCUCCACACACAAACACUCACCCACCGCAAGCACCCAACUGCCACCUCCCACACAAGUGGGAAGUGUGCAUCUUCACUCUGCUUCCAUGCGGCUCCGGCUGCACGGGUGACUUAGGUCUGAGACUAUCCCGACAAGUCAAGCGUCGUGGAUAGGAUGGUUGCUGAUUGACGCCCCCACUCGGUUCACGUAGAUCGUAGCGUUGUGUGUGUGUUGUGUGUAGUGGCGGACUGGUGGGCUGGGGACGGGCUGAAACAGCACCUUCCACGGCACCCUCACGCUAGUGAGAGACACGCCGUUAAACCCCCGUUGUGUGAAAUCCUGGUGUGUGUGUGUGUGGGCUUGAUGGUCGUAGUGGUCGCUCACUUGCUUGCAGGUGAGACUACACCUAGCGUCCAUUUGCUGGCACCCAACUCUCACCUGUGGCUCCACGUAGCUGGGCUCUGCUCAGCGGCCACACCCCGGGCAACCGCCUCGACCGGCGGGCUAAACCAGGUGAGGGCGCUGUGCUCUUGUGCCGCGUGCACAGUGUACUGCGGGCUCCGCUGGACGUUUGGUCGGAUGAAACGUUGCGCCGGCGUCGUCGAGACGAGGCUCUGCCUGGUACGCCGUUGGACAGCUGCUGCCGGGAUGGGUCCCCGCAUCGCCUUCGCUGAGACCCGCAUACCUACGCCGACGGAGACCGCAGACCUCGGCAUAUGCGGUCGUUCCCCACUACAAACAUAAAGUCGCGGUCCCAUAGUGGGAUUCGGUCGCGCCAACCAGGCACAUGGGCAGCCCGAUUCAGGGACAGCACUGCCUGCCCCCAUUACGGGGGAGGGCCUAGAAAAGGUGGCCUAAACAUUGCUGGGCACCACGCCGUCUGCAGGCCAGCCAAGGCCGCAGAUGCCAUCAAAACGGUCGAAACAAUCAAAAUCUAAACAACAACAAUACCAAUAACAACAACAACAACAACAACAACAACAACAACCAUUCUCAUUCUCCUCAUCCAAACCCUUCUGCCUCUUCCUCCGUCUUUUCUUCUGCCUAUUCUUCUCCUUCGUCAUCUUCUUCUCCACCUCCUUCCCGUCGCCCGACUCGUUUUCCCCAGACUGACAGGGUGAGCGCGCUCACUCUGGCAGCCUCGUAUAUUCGUUCCCUUUUAGACAAUCCGAGGAGCAACCGACCGGAACGGAGGACGGCGCUAGUGGCACGAGAACUGGUGCGCUACAAGGUGGACAUCGCCGCACUCAGCGAGACCCGAUUCUCCGAGCAAGGCCAACUGGAGGAGGUGGGUGCUGGCUACACCUUCUUCUGA